AUGCCGUUCCUUAACUGGAUCUCUAUAUGGGCCAUAGGUAUCGUGGCCUACCUCCUUGCAUUUUUCAUUCGUCUAGGCCGGUCCCCUCUUAGACAAGUGCCAGGGCCAUUUGUCGCUCGAUUCACAGAUGCGUGGUAUCUUUAUCGCACCUGGAAAGGCCAUUUCGAGCAGGAUAACUUGGCGUUACACAGACAACAUGGCCCGAUAGUUCGAUACGGUGUGAACCGCUACAGUAUCGAUGACCCCCUGGCGUCGAAAACAAUAUAUGGACCAGGGUCAAAGUUCGCGAAAUCAACUUGGUAUGAUGCUUGGACUGCUCCCGAUAGCCCAUGGAACCUGUUUAGCGAUCGCUCCAUCAAACACCAUUCAGAAGCACGUCGACAAUAUCAGAGUACAUACGCCAUGUCUGCAUUGAUUGGCUAUGAAUCAUACGUGGAUGAAUGUGCUGAGCUCUUCAGUUGCCGCCUGGCAGAGCUCAGUCAAGGAGGGACUUCGGUCAACAUAGCUCAUUGGCUCCAGUGCUAUGCAUUCGAUGUCAUUGCAAGCAUCACGUACUCGAAACGGCUUGGCUUUCUUGACCAAGGAGAGGAUAUCGCAGGACUGAUGCAAACUCUUAAAAGCUCGAUCAGUUUUGCUACGCUGGUCGGUAUUUAUUCCCGCUGGCAUCCCAUUCUUUUCCGCCUCGUUAGUCUCGUGCCCGGCUCCGGCUCCAACGGAUUUCUCCAUGUUGAGCGCUUUACUAGAUCGUGUAUAAACGAUUGCAAGGCCAACCCCCGUGCAGUGCAUGACGAUCACGAAAAAAGUUCGGAUAGCGGCAUAUCCUUUCUGCACAAGUUUUUAGACAAACAUCAGAAGGAUCCCGAAAAGUUUACACAGUACCAUAUCUUCUCGGGUUGUACCGCAAAUAUGGCGGCGGGCUCCGACACUACUGCUAUCAGCCUCUCGAGUAUCCUCUACUUCUUGCUGAAAAACCCCCAAAGUAUGAAGAAGUUGCGCGAUGAGAUUGAUUCUAAGCAGAAGGAAGGCAAGCUGUCAGAGUGCCCGACCUUCAAGGAGAGUCAAGAUAUGCCAUACUUUCAAGUGUGCCAGAAGGAGGAGCGGACUUGUGUGGUCAACAUUUCCCUCAAGGUCUGGGUUCAACACAGAAAUGUGGGCAUAUUCGGCCCCGAUGCGGAUACCUUCAACCCCGAACGGUGGCUUACAGAUGACCCGGCUAAGCUUUCUUUGAUGAACCAACAUUGGAUGCCAUUUGGUCUCGGUUCUAGAACCUGUAUCGGGCGGCAUGUCUCAAUGCUAGAGAUUUGCAAGCUUGUACCUCGCCUCGUGCGUGACUUCGACUUCGAACUAGCUGGAGACUUGGCACUGCCAAAUUCAGAGUGGGAAUUGAAGAACCAUUGGUUUGUUUUCCAGAAUAAUUUCUUUGUCCGGGUUCGUUUGCGCACGUCGCAAUGA